GACACACGGCAGCUGGUCCCGGAGCUCCGGCAAACGGGGGAGCCUUGCGCACAGGAUCGCAACCCAGUGACUCCCAGUGCCAGAGCCCGCGAAGUGGAAUCGCAUCGCCCUCCUCGGGUCCUCAGGAGUGCAGCUGCAGCGCGGAACCAACGGAACGGGGGGAGAACGAAGCGCCAGCUGGGAUGGGAGGCGCCGCGCCACUGCCGGGUCCGAGAGCCGCACUCGGCGCGGUCUGAGUCCCCGCAAGAAGGACCUUCAUCUGGCUGAGGGGACUAGGGACUAGCUGCCGCCGUCCUGGUUGGAUUCGCCAGCGUUUAUUCUUGACUUCUUAUCGCGGACGGAAUUUUGUUUUAUAAAAACCAAAGACAGGGGGAGAGAAAGGGAGGAGUAACGAGAGAAGCGUUUCUGGACGGGCUUCAAAGCGCUACAGUCCCCAUGCAUGUGUAGAUUUUAAAUCUUUGGAGGGUUCGGGCUGCCCGGUGCCACCGAGCCCAUCCGCAGUGCCAAUGCCACUGCGGCGGUGAAGCAGCUAAGGCGGCGCUGGCAGAAAAUGACCUCUUGCCUAAGAGGACACUGAUCUCUGAUUGGCCCAAACUACUGGAUUGAGUCUCUCUCCCAGUUUGGGAAGGAGGGGGAUCUCACGCUCCCCGCAGUCACGUGACUCAUGAUGGCGCCUGCUUGGUGGAGCUGGGUCUGCGUGGCCCUCUGCUGCCUCGGCCGCACAUUGGCGGCCCCCCCGGACCCCUCCCAUCUGCAGCAGCCGCCCACGACGCCAGCCGUGGACGAGGGCCAUGGCACUUUCCGCUCAGAGAACCCUGAGUGGACCUUCAACCACCUGGCAGUGGACACGCGCAAUGGCAAUGUCUACCUGGGGGCGGUGAACCGGAUCUACAAGCUGUCGCCUACUCUGGAGUUGCAGGUAUCCCACCAAACGGGGCCGGACGAGGACAACCGCAAAUGCUACCCGCCUCGCAUCGUGCAGCCGUGCAGCGAGCCACUGGUGCUCACCAACAACGUCAACAAGAUGCUGCUGAUGGACUACCGGGAGAACCGUCUGCUGGCCUGCGGCAGUCUCUACCAGGGGAUCUGCAAGCUGCUGCGUUUGGAUGACCUCUUCAAGCUGGGCGAGCCCUCACACCGGAAGGAGCACUACCUGUCCGGCGCCAACGAGAGCGGCUCCGUCUUCGGGGUCAUCGUGUCCUACGGCAAUUCGUCGCCGGACAAGCUCUUCGUGGCGACGGCCGUGGACGGCAAGCCCGAGUACUUUCCCACCAUCUCCAGCCGUAAGCUGGCACGGAACUCUGAGGAGGACGGAAUGUUUGCCUACGUGUUUCACGACGAGUUUGUGGCCUCCAUGAUUAAGAUCCCGUCAGACACCUUCACCGUGGUGCCAGACUUUGACAUCUACUAUGUGUAUGGCUUCGCCAGCGGUAACUUUGUGUACUUCCUGACGCUGCAGCCGGAGAUGGGGGGCCCGGCCGCGGGCUCCUCUGCCACCCGUGAGCAGGUCUACACCUCCAAACUGGUCCGACUCUGCAAGGACGACACAGCCUUCAACUCCUACGUGGAGGUGCCGCUGGGCUGUGUUAAGGCCGGCGUGGAGUACCGGCUACUUCAGGCCGCUUACCUGUCUCGGGCCGGCUCCAUCCUGGCCCGCUCGCUCGGCGUGGCUCCUGGCGACGACGUGCUCUACGCCGUCUUCUCCAAGGGGCAGAAGCGGCGUCCCCGCGAGGAGACUCAGGAGUCGGCGCUGUGCGUCUUCUCGCUGCGGGACAUCAACGAGCGCAUCAAGGAGCGCCUGCAGUCGUGCUACAGAGGAGAGGGCACGCUGGACCUGGCCUGGCUAAAGGUCAAGGACAUUCCCUGCAGCAGUGCGCUUUUGACUAUUGAUGACAACUUCUGCGGGCUGGACAUGAACGCACCGCUGGGCGUGUCGGAGAUGGUGCGCGGUGUCCCUCUGCUUUCCGAGGGGGCGGACAAGAUGACAUCCGUCAUUGCCUACGUCUACAAGAACCACUCGCUGGCCUUCGUGGGCACGCAAAGUGGCCGGCUCAUGAAGAUCCGCGUGGAUGGACCCUCCCAUGGCGCCUUACAGUACGAGACCAUCCAGGUUGUAGAGAGCGGCCCGAUUCUGCGGGACAUGGCCUUCUCCACAGACUACCACUUCCUCUACGUCAUGUCAGACACGCAGCUGACACGUGUUCCAGUGGAGGUGUGUAGUCAGUACUCCAGUUGCAGUGAAUGCUUGGGCUCCGGGGAUCCACACUGCGGAUGGUGUGUGCUGCACAACAUGUGCACCAGGAAGGAGAGGUGCGAACGCUCCUCGGAGCCCAGGCGGUUCGCCUCGGACGCCAGGCAGUGUGUCCGCCUCAGUGUGCACCCCAACAACAUCUCCGUGUCUCAGUACAGCGUCAUGCUGGUCCUGGAAGCCCACAACGUGCCAGAACUUUCCGCCGGCGUGAACUGUACCUUCGAGGACGUGGCGGAGAUGGACGGGCAUGUGGAGGGGAAUCACAUCCGGUGCAUCUCGCCCGCGGAGAAAGAGGUGCCGCGUGUGAUCUUCGACAAAGGAGACCACCAGAUCGUCCAGCUCUACCUCAAGUCCAAGGAGACGGGCCUGACCUUCGCCAACACCAGCUUCGUCUUCUACAACUGCAGCGUCCAUAGGUCGUGUGUGUCCUGUGUCAGCAGCCCCUACCGGUGCCACUGGUGCAAAUACCGUCACAUGUGCACCCAUGACCCCCGUAGCUGCUCCUUCCAAGAGGGCCACGUGCAGCAACCUGAGGAAUGUCCCCAGCUGCUCCCUGCAGAGCGGAUCCUGGUGCCGGUGAACGUGGUGAAGCCCAUCACACUGAGGGCCCGGAACCUGCCACAGCCACAAUCAGGCCAGCGUGGCUAUGAGUGUGUGCUCAACAUCCAGGGGGCGGAGCACCGAGUGCCGGCACUGAGGUUCAACAGCUCCAGCGUGCAGUGCCAGAACACCUCUUACUUCUACGAUGGGAUGGAGAUGAGUAGCCUGUCAGUUGAGCUCACGGUCAUCUGGAACGGCGACUUCACCAUCGACAACCCGGCCCACAACAAAGUCCACCUGUACAAGUGUGACGCCCGGCGCCGGAGCUGUGGGCUGUGUCUGAAGGCUGAUCCCCUGUACGGCUGCGUUUGGUGCAAGGGAGAGGACCGCUGCACGCUCAAGCAGCAUUGCCCCCACCCUGAGAGCCAGUGGCUGCAGCCCAGCGGACCCAACAGCAAGUGCACCCACCCCAAAAUCACACAGAUCACUCCGCUCAGAGGACCCCGUGAGGGCGGCACCCUGGUCACCAUCCGAGGGGAGAACCUGGGCCUGGAAUUCAGGGAGAUCCAGGGUCACGUGAGGGUGGCGGAGGUGGACUGCACCCCAGUUCCUGACGGCUACAUCCCUGCCGAGCAGAUCGUGUGUGAGAUGGGGAAGGCAGAGAAGAGUCAGUACGCCGGGAAUGUCCAGGUGUGCGUUGGAGACUGCAGGCCGGAGUUCAUGGCCAUGUCCUACAAGUACUACUACUUCGUGGUCCCCAAGCUGCUCCACCUCAAGCCCAGCCGGGGUCCUGUCUCCGGGGGGACCAUCGUCAACAUCACCGGCAGCAACCUGGACGCCGGCAGCAACGUCUCCAUCAUGUUCAAGGACCAGAGGUGCACGUUCCACAGGAGGGGGGGGCAGUGGAUCACAUGCAGGACACAGGCCUCACAGCACGGCUAUGGGAACGUCAGCGUGUCGGUGGCAGUUGACAAGGCCAAUCUGCACCGGGACCUGAGGUUCGAGUACGUGGAGGACCCCACCAUCCUCAAGCUGGAGCCUGAGUGGAGCAUCAUCAGUGGCAACACCCCAGUGACGGUCACCGGCACCAACCUAGACAUCAUCCAGAACCCUCUCAUCAGAGCCAGGUACAACAGCCUGGAGACGGUCAAUGUGAACGUGCCGAUCCUGGCCCCCACCACCAUGCUCUGCCUGGCCCCCGAGCUCCCGGUCAGCCUGAGCCGGCAGCGCGAGGCCCCCGAAAAGCCCGACGAGUUCGGCUUCAUCCUGGACGACGUUCACACCGCGCUGGCGCUGAACGGCAGCGCCUUCAUGUACUACCCCAACCCCGUGUUCGAGCCCCUCAGCCCGUCGGGGGUGCUCGAGCUGAAGCCGGGCUCGCCCAUCAUACUGAAGGGCCGGAACUUCCUGCCUCCCACCCCCGGGGGCAACGGCAAGCUGAACUACACGGUUCUGAUUGGAGAGAAGCCGUGUGCCUUAACCGUCUCCGACACACAACUGCUCUGCGAGUCGCCCAACCAGACGGGCCGACACAAGGUCCUGGCACGCGUGGGGGGGAUCGAGUUCUCCCCGGGCGUGGUGCACAUCUCCUCAGACAGCCCGCUGAGCAGCACGGCCAUCAUCAGCAUCGCUGGGGCCGGGGCCCUCCUCAUCCUCUUCAUCGUGGUGGUGCUCAUCGCCUACAAGCGCAAGUCCCGAGAGAGCGACCUCACCCUCAAGCGGCUGCAGAUGCAGAUGGACAUGGAGUCCCGGGUGGCUCUAGAGUGCAAGGAAGCAUUCGCCGAGUUACAGACCGACAUCCAUGAGCUGACAAGCGACCUGGACGGUGCAGGAAUCCCCUUCCUGGAUUACAGGACGUACACCAUGAGGGUCCUCUUCCCGGGCAUGGAGGAGCACCCUGUACUGCGGGACCUGGAGGUUCCAGGCUACCGGCAGGAGCAGGUGGAGAAAGGGCUGAAGCUCUUCGGCCAGCUCAUCAACAACAAGGUGUUCCUGCUGUGCUUCAUCCGCACGCUGGAGUCGCAGCGCGGCUUCUCCAUGCGCGACCGCGGCAACGUGGCCUCGCUGAUCAUGACCGUGCUGCAGAGCAAGCUGGAGUACGCCACCGACGUGCUCAAGAACCUGCUGUCCGAUCUCAUCCACAAGAACCUGGAGAGCAAGAACCACCCCAAGCUGCUCCUCCGCAGGACCGAAUCUGUCGCAGAGAAGAUGCUGACUAACUGGUUCACCUUUCUGCUCUACAAGUUCCUGAAGGAGUGUGCCGGGGAGCCGCUGUUCUCCCUCUUCUGCGCUAUCAAGCAGCAGAUGGAGAAGGGCCCCAUGGAUGCCGUGACCGGGGAGGCCCGUUACUCGCUGAGCGAGGACAAACUGAUUCGCCAGCAGAUCGACUACAAAACGCUGGUGGUGAACUGCAUCCACCCAGACAACGAGAAGAGCCCGGAAAUCCAAGUCAAGGUGCUCAACUGUGACACUAUCAGCCAGGUGAAGGAGAAGAUCCUAGACGCAAUCUACAAGAACGUACCCUGGUCCCACAGGCAGAAGGCCUCCGAUAUGGACCUAGAAUUGCGUCAUGGGAGGGCGCCCCGGGUCAUUCUCCAGGACGAAGAUACCACCACCAAGAUCGAGGGUGACUGGAAGAGGCUCAACACCCUUUCUCACUACCAGGUGCCCGAUAAUGCAGUGGUGGCUCUCGUACCGAAGCAGGUCGUGGUUUACAAUUCGGUCAACAACUCCACCGUCUCCAGAACCUCCGCCGGCAAAUACGAGAACAUGAUGAAGUACACGGGCAGCCCGGACAGCCUGCGCUCUCGCACGCCCAUGCUGACGCCCGACAUGGAGAGCGGCGUCAAGGUCUGGCACCUGGUCAAGAACCACGAGCACGGCGACCAGAAGGAGGGCGACCGCGGCAGCAAGAUGGUGUCCGAGAUCUACCUGACCCGCCUGCUGGCCACCAAGGGCACGCUGCAGAAGUUCGUGGACGACCUGUUUGAGACCAUCUUCAGCACAGCCCACCGCGGCAGUGCCCUGCCGCUCGCCAUCAAGUACAUGUUCGACUUCCUGGAUGAGCAGGCGGAUAAACACAGCAUCCAUGACCCACACGUCAGGCACACGUGGAAGAGCAACUGCCUACCUCUGAGGUUCUGGGUGAACGUGAUCAAGAACCCUCAAUUCGUCUUCGACAUCCACAAGAGCAGCAUCACGGACGCCUGCCUCUCCGUGGUGGCCCAGACUUUCAUGGACUCCUGCUCCACGUCCGAGCACCGGCUAGGAAAAGACUCGCCAUCCAACAAGCUGCUCUACGCCAAGGACAUCCCCAGCUACAAGAGCUGGGUGGAGAGAUAUUACUCAGACAUCAGCAGGAUGCCAGCUAUCAGUGACCAGGACAUGAACGCCUACCUGGCGGAACAGGCCCGCAUGCACACCAAUGAGUUCAACAGCUUGAGCUCCCUCAGCGAGAUCUACUCCUAUGUGGGUAAAUACAGCGAGGAGAUUGUCGACGCCCUGGAGCAGGACGAUGGCGCCAGGAAACAGAGACUGGCCUUCAAGCUGGAGCAGGUGGUCGCCUUCAUGAGUCUGGAGAGCUGAGGACCGCAUUUCCCAGAGUGCACUGGGAGAGUUCCGAAACCGAGCCGUGCCUGAGCGAAGACCUGUCAUUACUUUGCCAUCUCUGCUGUCAGAAACUUUCCUUUGUUUUUGUUUUAUUGUCUCAGCCGCAAAUGUUUGUGUCACAAUAGCUCUGGAGAGGAGGAGGAGGAAUUUGUGUCUGUUGGGGUGGGGGAUAGUUUGCCACAUUGGCAAAUUUCACCUCCAGGGAACAGAAGAGAGCAAAAAUCCAAUCUAUACGUUGCCUUGAUCAAGCGUCUCUGAAACACGGCUUAGCCUCAGUCUACUCAGACCUUUAGGGCAGAAGUCAACCCAGCCAAGUUUAGAUGGAUCUUUGAUGUGUGGAGAGACUGCCACAUGUACCCGUAUAUACGUGGUAUAUAUACCCACACAGGUAGACACACACACCUCUCCAGCGUUUAAAGAGGAGCCAAGCCAGGUAUAGGAGGAAGAGGCGCCUUUUCCCGGCCACGUCGAUUCACAUACGUCUAGCAGACGGGAAAACGUCAGUUUUAGUGCUUCUACACUUUUAUUCGCUUGAAACCAGUUUCCAUGGACUGAGCAAGACUAGUUAAUUUAACGGCUAAUUUAAUCCAUGCAUUUACUCCGCAAGGCACACCUGCCUGCUUCGUCUGGCCUUCUGCAGGAAUGACACCUGUGAACAUAAGGGGGGUGGGGAGAUGAAGCCAGGGCUCAGUUUUACAAAGAAGCACACAUCUGCCCUGAUGACGCACACGACCCCCCCCCCCCCCCCACACCACCACCCCCAACCACAAAGCGCUUUACCGUGUGAAGACCAGGGGCGAGAGCUGAAACAAUUUCCAGAAAGCACAGAGCUUAGUCCCACGGUGCUCUCAUCGCGAGAUGUGCGCAAGAGCAGGUGUUUGUCAGCCUGAAACCCUUAAACGAAGCAGUGUUACUUUGGGCCCGUGCUGCUCGCAAACAAGCUAACAGAAAAAAAAAAUCCACUAGAAUAUGCAGGAUAACGGAGCAGGACGGCAGCUUUCCCUAAACGACAAGGACACUCGGAGAGCAACUUUCCGGCUCCACGGAAACCAGGGCAUUCUACAGGUCAAUGGAAAACCAAAGGAACGAAGCUGGAUCAAACACGUGCGUGACAAGCCACGUCAGGAAAGGAAGGGAGACCAGAGGCAGAAGAAUGCAAACAAACCAAUCCCUAAAUCACACAAAGAACAAGAAGACCCAUCUGUUUAGAGAGAUUCCUGAGCCUAUCAAUGCAUACUUUCUUCCUGUCCCAGUUUUCCGUGUCUCGCACCAUUCCCUGUUGCCCUCUCACCUUGUUGCCCAGUUGCACCACACUGGACGACUGUGAGAAGUGACAGUGAGGGGCACAGUUGUCCCACCUCUGCUGGCACAUCAUCCACAUAGAUCUCCGGGCCUGAAAGGUUCUCAAAAGUUCUUAACAAGCAGAUCAACACAACAGCAAAACAAAGAAAAACAAAAAAACGCUGGAUGUUGUAAUUGUCGCAAACAGAUGAUAGGGUCGCCUUCCGUUUGUUUUGACCUUUUGACCUUUCCUUUUGCCUUGAAAAACCGUGCCCAAUGUGGUGAUGUGAACAUGUGGAGACCGCCUCAGGUCCAUCUUGGGGUUUUAUUGGCUUUUUAAACGCAUGUACUUCAACUUAAAAUGGAAAAUAGAGUAAAAAAAGGCUUGCAAACGAUGUGGAUGUCGUUUUCUUUACUUUGCUCGGAGCGGAGAAGCGGAUUGUCAUGUUAAACUACCGUGAACCCUGUUAAGGUGGAACCUUUAUCCGGAAGACCUGUUCAGCAAUCAUCGCCAUGUUUCGUGAAUGUGUUAGAAGCUAAUAUAAAAGUGAUACCUUAAAACAAAUAUAUGAUAUACCCUUGCAUGCUGACCUGUCUGGAUGUUAUGAAAUGAAACUGCCUUGCAAUCAAAGAUAUAUUUAUUAAAUACUAGGAGCAAAAUUUUAUUUGUUUUUUUUUUUGUUGAAAAUUGAGGAGAAUAGCAGGAGUCAAUAUUCACGAUGAAAUGCUCUUCUGGACUUUGGACAUGACAAGUUGUUAUGAACUUCUGACCAUCUGACCGUCUGUCCAUGAGUGAGCGACUGCACCUUCUUCAGUGGCUCGGAGGCCAGUUGCAAUUCUGCUCCCCAUCGGGCUGAAUGGUGUCCCCGUGCCUUUUGUUGCUGUAGGAACCCCAAAGGGCUUGUGAGGGUGGGGUCCCGGGGGGACACACUUCAUGAGGCCAGCAGAGACAACGAGCAAACCGACACCUGGGAGGGGCAUUUUAGGAAGUAAAAUCCAGGAUGACUGGCUUUGUUGAUCCUAAAUAGUAACUAGGCUAACUGAAAACAGCCAUUUUCACCGUCAUCAUUCACUUGUUCCCUUUGUCCAUAAGAUUUAUUCUUGUAAGGAGAGAAAUGUAACACAUCAGCCAAAGAAGAGUUGUGGCAAAUAUGUACCAAGUUGUAAUUUACAGAUGUAAUUUAACUUGCUGUCCUGUUGUGUACUUUCACGCAAUGGCGCAAAACAUCUAGACAAAAGGCUUUGGUUAAGCACGGAGAAUGCUGUACGGUAUUUUAAAAGUAAACACCUUCGUCUCGGACAAAUUGUGAACAUAUGACAACAUAAAAAACUGAUCUUUGGCCAGGCGCUAGACGCUGUGUUUUUGGCAACAGAUCUAGGCGUAGUGUAGAAUUUAACCGACUGUUUUUCUGUGUUACCACUUCGAAUUGUUUCUCUUUUAUUGGUGUGCUGUCUUCAUGGUUUUUGUUUUGUUGUGUCUUCCUAUUUUCAGUGUGUGGUCCUCAUUUGUACUCGACAUGCAUCGUACCCAACACAAAGCCCUUCGGCGCAUUUUUGUUCGCUCUGGCUCAUUUUUAAAACGGCGCGAGCGGUCAUGUGGGCGCAAGGCGUCCCGUAAACCCGCCCCCGCUUUCCUCACCAGUGCUCCGUCGAGCAUUUCGUCAAAGAUAUGAAGUUUUUUUUAAUGCUUCCGUAGGUUUCGCUCGUAGCGUUUCUAAAGCUGCCUCUGCUAUGGACUGCCCAAUGAAAAAAACGAACAAAAAAAAAAAAAACAAAUAAAAAAAAGCCGCUUGUUGGAUUCCAGGUGACCUCAUGCACCCCCUCGCCGUUCAUCUUCCCAUGCGGUGAAUGUCGUUUCUGAAGACCGUCAACCUUGUUUGAUACGGGCAGAUAAAGCUUCCACCUUAUACAUUCUGCAAGGGCCACAACGCCCUUCAAGAGCUCAGUGUUACAGCUACGUGUUAGAAGAGACUUUUACUAUUUCGACCUUUAAUGAUAAAUAAAGAUAUUCUAUUUGGGAGAAUCAUAAAUCCUGGAAAAAGGCAAGCUUCUCUAACUUUGUUACAAUUAGUUGUAUACCUGUGUAUGUAAAUAUAUAAUGCAAUCCUAUUUUGCAGUCAAGAACAAAAUACUAUUUGUAAUAUAGAAUAAACUUUAUUAUGAAAGCA